AUGAGUUCAAGAUGGGAGUUUGCAUAUGAAUUAGAAUUAUAUAGUUCAUUUUUUGAUAUUAGAUUUAAAAAUUUAAAUUUUGUUUUAGAGCAGGAAAAACAAGAUUUUAUUAAAACAAUUCAUACUGAAUAUAAAGUUUUAUGUUCAGUUUUAGAUAUACAAAUUAAUCAACAUAUAUUACCAAAUUCUAAUCAAAAAGAAAUAUCUAUAAUAGAAAAAUUAUUUGCUAAAAAAAAUGCUAAUAUUUCUUUAUUAAUUAAAGAUGAAUUUGAUAAAUAUUUAGAAAUUUCAGAACUACAAGCUUUAGAAGAAAAUAAUCUAUUAAUUUGGUAA